AUGUUGGAUCAAUCGGGGCUUUCGAAUCUUCCAAAAGUCCAUGUGGUUACAUCAUUCAAAGGUUGUCAUGCUUGUUUCUGGUUAUUCAAUGUCUGUAAUCCAAUUCUCUGCACUAUUCUUUGGUCUCUCAACGCCCUUCUAGUCAUCUGGUGUCUCCGUUUCUUGAUCUCCUUGUGCAUUCCUGAAAAACGGAAAUCUUCUACAAUUUCCACCAGAACUAAUCCGAGAACUUCUCAAGAUGUCGGCUCCUCUGAAACUACUAAUCUUUUGACUCCGAUUCCCUUCACUCCUUUUUAUAUUGAAAGUAUGGUUUAA